AUGGUUAUGGGUGACUUUGGGGGUCCACAGCUGUUUAUGAACAAUGCUCAGCACAAUCCUGUGGGCUUGACGUACCUACCUUCCGAUUUUCUAUCGCUGGACCUUUUACAACGACCAAAUGGUUUCGGUUUCUCUCCCGGCACGAGUCCUGCGCCGAACGACGUGAAGAACGAGGCGGAGUGCUUCUUCUCCUCGCAGACUCGAGACCUACCAAUCAGCCAAUCCAGCUACUGGGCUCCGAAUGAUUCUCGGUAUCGAUCGGCAUUGAAGAAUCCCCUAUACCAACCAGCCUUUCAACAGUUGGCGCAUCAGCCUAGCCGACUGCACAUACCAUCACCCAUGAGCAAGCAAAAGCACGGACAAUUGACUCCUCCGAGUGAGACCACCCCUACCAAGGAGAGCCCACUUGUCGAAACUCUGCAAGAUUCGAUGAUAAACACCAUGGAACAGGAGAAUGGACCUACCACACGGAAAAGACGAAGUACACAAUCCAGCCGCAUCACAGAUGCCUCUUCUCAUACUACACCCACUAGCCGCCGCCGCAAGAAAUCAGCUCGCAAACAAUCUUCGGUUGGACUAGCUGUCGAGGGUGACGACAAGCGCAGUCAAUUCCUUGAACGGAAUCGUGUCGCUGCCAGCAAGUGCAGGCAGAAGAAGAAAGAAUGGACAUCAAACCUCGAACAAAAGGCGCGCGAGCUGCAGGCGAGCAAGACGUCAAUGGCUUUACUGGUCACUUCUUUGAGAGAAGAGCUUCUAUACCUCAAGGGUGAGGCACUAAGGCAUACUACUUGUGACUGCAACAGUGUGCGUGAAUAUCUAGCUCGAAAUGCAGAAGCGUCCCUGCCUCGAGGUCAUCUCGACCACGCUACUUCGCCACAUUCAAGCUGCAGCUUGUCAUUUGAUGCAAUGGACCUGAGUUCAUCGAUUAUGGGUGGAUCUCCAAACUCGUCCGCAAUGGUUGACAAUCAGGAGCUGCCAGAGCUGAGCAUUGCAGGCCAAAUUCCCGAUUGA